AUGCAAGACAGUAAUUUCCUGCUUUCUGCCCUGCAACCCGAGGCAGGGGUCUGCUCCUUAGCCCUGCCCUCUGACUUGCAGCUGGACCAGAAGAACAAGGAGGCCAUGGAAGCAGAGCGGGAACGACUGAAGGUAGCCCGGGUGCAGGAGCAGGUCCGGGCCAGGAUGCUCCAGCUGGGUCAGCCUUCGAGAAUCAACGGCUCCCUGGCCAGCACCCUGAUGGAUUCCGCAACCAGCACAGGUGUCUCCAGAGGUCAAUACCACACAAUGCAGUCUGGUGCUGGCUUCAGCUCUCGAUCCCAGGGCAUGAGCAUGGACAAGGCCUCGACUUUCCGGCCCAUCUCCAAGCCAGCAUAUGGGACCACAGCCUGGUCCUCACGCUCUGCUGUGGACCUAAGCUGCAGCCGGAGGUUGAGCUCUGUGCACAAUGGGGGCACCUCCUACGGGUCCACAGGCUACAUGGGGGCCCAGCCUGCAGUCCCAGCAGCACCCCGGCCUGUCUCCUACCAUGACCGUGGGGGCCCCGGCCCCAGGGCUGACUAUGACACUCUGAGCCUGCGUUCUCUGCGCCUGGUGGGGGGGCCCCCCGGAGGUCUGGAUGACCGCUACAGUGUGGUGUCUGAGCAGCUCGAGCCUCCAGGAGGGGCUUCCUAUAGGGCCUUCAAUUAUGAGCGACAGCUGAGCUCAGCCUCCAGCCGUGCAGGGGGACUGGACUGGUCUGAAGCCGCAGAUGGAGCCCCUGGCCGGACCAUCCGAGCCCCAGCCAUGCGGACCCUGCAGCGUUUCCAGAGCAGCCACCGCAGCCGGGGGACAGCCUCGGUGGGAACUGGUGGAGGCCUGGAGCAUGUGGCCCGAGCCCCCUCAGUCCGCAGCCUCAGCCUCAGUCUGGCUGACUCUGGACACCUGCCUGAUGUGCGGGGCCUGGACAGCUAUGGGGGUCACCGCACUCUACAACGUCUCAGCAGCGGCUUUGAUGACAUUGACCUUCCCUCAGCUGUGAAGUACCUCAUGGCCUCAGACCCCAACCUGCAGGUGCUGGGAGCUGCCUACAUCCAGCAUAAGUGUUACAGCGAUGCAGCAGCCAAGAAACAGGCCCGCAGCCUCCAGGCUGUGCCAAAACUGGUGAAACUCUUCAACCACGCCAACCAGGAGGUCCAGAGGCAUGCGACAGGGGCCACAAGGAACCUCAUCUAUGACAAUGCUGACAACAAGCUGGCCCUGGUGGAGGAGAAUGGCAUCUUUGAGCUGCUGAGGACGCUACGGGAACAGGACGAUGAGCUGCGCAAGAAUGUCACGGGAAUUCUGUGGAACCUGUCAUCUAGUGACCACCUAAAGGACCGCCUGGCCCGAGAUACCCUGGAGCAGCUGACGGACCUGGUGCUGAGCCCCCUCUCAGGCUCCGGGGGGCCUCCCCUUAUUCAGCAGAAUGCCUCUGAGGCUGAGAUCUUCUAUAACGCCACAGGCUUCCUCAGGAACCUGAGUUCAGCCUCCCAGGCCACACGGCAGAGGAUGCGAGAGUGCCAUGGCCUGGUGGAUGCCCUGGUCACCUACAUCCACCACGCCCUGGACGUGGGCAAGUGUGAGGACAAGAGCGUGGAGAAUGCUGUGUGUGUGCUCAGAAACCUCUCCUACCGCCUGUAUGACGAGAUGCCACCAUCAGCACUCCAGAGGCUAGAGGGCCGAGGCCGUGGGGAAGCUGGGGCCGGGAGGCCCGGGGAGGUUGUUGGCUGCUUCACACCCCAGAGCAGGAAGCUGCGGGAGCUGCCCCUGGCGACAGAUGCAUUGACUUUUGCUGAGGUGUCCAAGGAUCCCAAGGGGCUGGAGUGGCUCUGGAGCCCCCAGAUUGUGGGUCUCUACAACCGACUCCUUCAACGGUGUGAGCUGAACAAACACACGACAGAGGCUGCUGCCGGAGCCCUGCAGAACAUCACUGCUGGGGACCGAAGGUGGGCAGGCGUGCUGAGCCGCCUAGCCCUGGAGCAGGAACGCAUCUUAAAUCCCUUGUUGGACCGAGUACGGACAGCUGACCAUCACCAGCUGCGCUCCCUCACUGGCCUCAUCCGGAAUCUGUCACGGAAUGCCCGGAACAAGGAUGAGAUGUCCACCAAGGUAGUCAGUCAUCUGAUUGAGAAACUGCCAGGGAGUGUUGGGGAAAAGCCGCCUCCGGCAGACGUGCUGGUCAACAUCAUAGCAGUGCUUAACAACUUGGUGGUGGCCAGUCCCAUAGCUGCCCGAGACCUCCUCUACUUUGACGGCCUUCGAAAGCUCAUCUACAUCAAGAAAAAGCGGGACGGGCCUGACAGCGAGAAGUCCUCUCGGGCAGCCUCUAGCCUUUUGGCCAACAUGUGGCAGUACAGCAAACUCCACCGGGAUUUCCGGGCGAAAGGCUAUCGGAAGGAGGAUUUCCUGGGUCCAUAAAUAACCUGAAGAGGAAGAGGCGUAUGGUGGGGGAGGGAACUAAUGAGAGAAUCCCUCCCCCACUGCUUCCUGGGACUAUCUUGGCUCAGCUCUGCCCUCACCUCUUGGCCCCUGGCCCUGUCUCCUUGGACCAGCCUAGGUCUGACCUCUUGGCCCCCACUGCUGUUUUGGGUGGGGUGCUGAAGCAGGUUGACUGCUUACAGAAUGGGCAGAGGGGGUACGCAC